AUGUCCCGGCGCACCAUCGGCGGCGGACGGGUUCUGGGAAACAGUAGAACCCUUGGCCCUCCUCCUCAACCAAAGUCUACCUCGCCUCUCCCCGGCCACGUUCUGUCCCCUUCGGCCUCGACUCUGUCCUUGGAUACCUCUGAGAGCGGGACUUCUACCCCUCCGUCCUCCGAUCCUCAAGACAUAGUAUCACGAGUAUCACUCGACCAUGGAGCGCCGGAUUUGUCUACGGCAGCCGCAGCCGCAGCCGCAACAGACCGCUUGGUCUGUCCUAUCUGUAAUGAGGAAAUGGUCACCUUGCUGCAACUAAACAGGCACCUAGAUGAUGCUCAUAAAGAGAUUGAAGAAGAACAACAAGAUGAGGUGAAAGAUUGGUUCAAACAACAAAUGGUCAAGGCAAAGAAAUUCCAGCCACUAGCAGUGUUGAACCAGAAACUCAAGGGCUUGGACGUCUUUGAGUCGAACCAUGACAGUGCCCGAAGCACUACCCCUACACCGAGGAGUGAAUCUGCCUCGAGAGGUCCCAGGGAUCCUGCUGCUCCGCCUUUGCCGCCAAAGCCCUCCCAAUCGCUCCUCGAUCCGGACGACAUUAUCACGAAGCAGCACUGGCAAAAGAGGACCGGGUACGAUGUGUGUUCUGACCCAACAUGUGAGAAGAGGCUUGGGUCUACGACGGGAGUCGUCAAUUGCCGACACUGCGGAAAGCUCUUUUGCGAGGAGCAUACAAUGUAUCAGAUGAAACUAUCGAGAUCUGCACAACAUGAGCCCGUUCGAGGGCUGUGGUAUCGGGUAUGCGAGACAUGUUACAAAAGCCGCGAGGGUUAUACAGACCGGCACGGUCUGGAAAGAGAUCGAAUGGCCGAGUUUGAGAGUGCGAGGCGAAGCAAGCUCAGCCAUAAAGAGAUGGAGGUCUCCAGGUUGGAGAAAAGGCUGUCGCGGUUGACGCAGAUAAUUGCCAACCCACCGGACGAAAUCCCACAACCGACUCAUAACAAGAGAUGGUCAUUAACCUGGGCUCCAACAGACCCUCGAAAGGUGCUCGAGCAAACCAUCGUGCCCUGGCAGACUGACGCCGACGUCCCCAGAUGUCCGUACUGCCAGCAAGAGUUCAGCCAAUACUCGUUCCGGCGACAUCACUGCCGAACAUGUGGGAAGGUUGUUUGUGGAGACACUGCCACUGGAUGUUCGACCGUCAUCGGCCUCGAUGUUGCUACUACUAACACCCGCCUCACCAUCACAGAAAAGCCUGCCCCCAACGACACUGUCGCGGUAGACAUACGGCUCUGCAAAGAGUGCAAUCAAAUGAUUUUCGCCCGCAGGGACUUCCAAGCCUCCCUGACCUCACCCUCGAUCGAGGCAUUUGGCCGUUCAUACAGUAAUCUCCUUCAAUUUGAACGGGGAAUCCGACUCCUGCUCCCUAAAUUUCAGAAACUCCUCCAAGCCCUGCAAGACCCGGAUCAUCCUCCUUCAUCAAGUGAAAUCACCGACGCUUCACGUACGCGCAAACGACUCAUGGAUUCAUUCACACAAUAUGACACCGCAGCACGACGUAUACGGGACAUGCCCAGCCAAUCGCCGACACAGUUGAAACUCCAGAAAGCCAUAUACCAAAACGCCACCCAAUUUCUACAUCUCCAUAUGCUUCCCUUAAAGUCCCUCCCAAAAGUCCUCAAACACGCCACACCUCAUGGCAACAGCACCAAACCAGCUGACUUGCAUCACAACCCCAACCCUCGUUCUUCUUUGGCGAUUUUGAAUGGCCCCCACCACGCAAGGAAGGAUUCCUCUUCUGCCCUCAGCGUGGCCUCUUUCGCCACCACCAACUCGGCCCGGAUAUCCGAACUCGAAUCCGAGGAAAAGUCGCUCCGUGAGCGCCUGAUUGUCCUCGAAGAACAGAGAUUCCUGGUACAAGAGAUGAUCGCCGAUGCGAAUCGACGGAGGAAGUUCGAGGAGGUAGCGGCGCUGGCAGCGAAUGUGGAGGAUUUGUCCGCCGAGAUUGAUGUGGUGGGGAAAUUGGUGGAGGGGGUUCGGGGAGAGUUUGAGGGACUAUACACCGGCAAUGGGUUGGGGAGUGGCGUCAACAGUCCGCAGAGGAAGGAUUCAUCUUUGGGGAACGAUGAGGGAACAACGGGCACGGGGAAGAUGAAGAGCGUGGAGAAUGGAUGA